CUCGAUGAGCGCUGCUGGCGUUCGGAGCAAAAUACUUGGCAAUACCAAAAUUGUUUUAGGCUGAAACCAGCUAAAGGAAUUAUACGACAAGUCUCAACGUGUCAAUCAGGCGAAAGUCAAUAUUUAUGUGGGCGGCUCGUUAACUUGGCCAAAAAUAAAUCGAAACUAAGGCCAACACAUAUUUUAUUGACUUCAUUUGACAAAAUGAAGUGUCUGUUGCUGCUUGUGGCUCUACUGGUCAGUCCAUCAUACGCCGAACAGAAAACUGCAUUAAGCUACGAGAAAGCUCGCCAGGCGGUGCUCAAUGCCGAGGAGCAGCUGAUGACAGGUGGCCGCACCGAGCUCAGCAAUCAGGAGUCCAAAGUGGAUGAUCUCUUCAUGCAGUACAAGUUGGGCGAGUUGGCACAAGGAUUUCGAAAUGCCGAUCAAAAUGCAGCCGCUAUGCAUUUCUUCAAAGCGAAACCUUUAAUCGAUCGCAGCGCAGUCUUUAAGUUCCUCCAACAGAUGCCCAAAGGGGCGCUGCUCCAUGUGCACAACACGGCGGCUGUGAGUUCCAAGUGGGUGGUCCAGAAUAUGUCAUAUAUGCCAGGAUUAUUGCGAUGCACGACUGCCGAGGGACGCAGCAGAUUGACCUUUCGGCGAGCUAUCAAGGAGCAUGGAUGCACAUCCCAGUAUGUCUAUGUGGCAGAUGAGAGACGCAACUCCAUAGAUCCGGCGAUGUACGAUGAGAAUUUCGAGAGACUCAUUAAUUUAUAUACGCCUGUGCCGGAGUUGGAACAUCCAACAAUAACAGUUGUGUGGAAUAAAUUCCAGGGCAUGUUUGAUACCUUAAGAGAUGCCAUUUAUUAUCUGCCCGCCUAUCGCGCUUAUCAUUGGCAGCUGCUGGAGGAGCUCUAUAAUGACAAUGUCAUGUAUGCCGAGCUGCGCAUAAGUCUAAGCGAGUUGUACGAUGCCAGUGGACGUACUUUUCCAAAGGAGCAAUCGGUGAGGGAGCUGCAAUUCCUGAAUGAGAAAUUUGUGAGACUGCAUCCAAACUUUUUGGGCAUCAAGGUCAUCUAUGCGGUUUGGCGGGGAGCAGAUAUCGAGAAAAUAAAGGAGAAUGUGAAGGAGUUCAAAUUAUUACAACAGGAAUUUCCGCAAUUUGUCGUUGGCUUUGAUCUGGUGGGUCAAGAGGACAAUGGUAAGCCGCUCUAUCAACAUCUAGCGGCAUUAAAGGAUCUGCCGCCCAGCGCCCGCUUGUUUCUGCAUGCAGGGGAAACGAAUUGGUAUGGCGCUUCAACGGACAUCAAUUUGUUAGAUGCUCUGCUGCUAAAUACCACAAGAAUCGGACAUGCCUUCGCCUUGGUCAAGCAUCCCAUUCUGAUGAAUGCUGCGAAAACUCGGGAUAUAGCUGUGGAAUUGAAUCCAAUCUCGAAUCAGGUGCUGCAUCUCGUUUGGGAUAUGCGUAAUCAUCCGGGUGCUCAGCUUUUGGCACUGGAUGUUCCCGUCGUCAUCUGCAAUGAUGAUCCGGGCUUCUGGAAUGCCAAGGCAUUGUCCUAUGAUUUUUAUUACGCUAUAAUGAGCUUAGCUCCCAACAAUGCCGGCCUUCGUCUGCUCAAAACUCUUGUUUUCAAUUCGGUGCGCUACUCGACGCUAACGGAGAAGGAGCAGAAGAGGGCCUUUCAGAUACUGGAGUACAGCUGGACACGUUUUAUGGAUAAAGUGCUGCAGGGCAAAGUAUUUUAAAAAUAGUAAUUUAUGUGAAUUGAAACAAUGCUUUAUAAAUUAUGCCUUAUGUUUUAUUAUAUACAACAAAUUGACAGCCUUUAAGCCCGCAUUAUAAAUGACUAGAAAUUGGAAUAGAAUUUUCAUGUGAAUGAAAUUGCUUGAAGCUAAAAUUUUAACAUUUAAAUUGACUGAAAUUGAUAUCUCGCAAU